AUGCAUCACUCCAAUGCUCCUCUGCACUCCAACGUUGCUCCUCCCACACGUGGCAACGACUCACACCACAGCGGCUGCCAGGGCAGGGGUGCAGAGGCAGCAGGGGCUGCGAGAACUAGAUUACGGGGGAGUGGAGAGCGGUGGAAGGGCCGCCAGGGUAAUCCCCAUGCAGAAAAGGAUGGUGGAGGGGGGAAAGAUUGGGCAAAGAGUGGAGCAGGGGAGAAAGGUGGGGAAGGGGAUGUGCGAGUGGAAGGGCAGGGUUUAUCAAGUGAGCAAAGAGGAGCAGGGAUGGGGGGAAGAGACUGUGUCCGGACAGGAGGAGGGGAUGGAAUGGAGGGGCGCGAGGGGGGUGGCGCAGGAGGGGAAAGGGGUGAAGGGGAAGGGAGGCAGAGGGAAGAGAGGCCGAGGCGGCAGGGAAAGGAGAGGGUGAGACUGGCGCAGUAUGAGACGGCUGAUGAUGGCGUACGAACAGUUUCACGAGGAGCUGAUAGAACCCCCACUGUAGAUGCUGCUGCAGCUGCGGCUGCUUCGGGUGCUGGUCGGGACGGUGGCGAUGGUGAUGGUGUUGGUGGUGGUGGUGGUGGUGGUGGUGCUGCUGCUGCUCCUGCUACUGUAAGGCGCUCUGCCAUGGGUGGCGGGAGGCAGUUGAAGACAUGUGAGCGGGCGGCCAAGAGAGUGUGCUUCGGCGCACAGGAACCCAAUGGCACCACAGCCACUCCUUCUGUCCGCCAGUCCCUCACACCCACCCGUGCGUCCACCAGCAAGCCAACGCACCCAUCUCCACCCGUUCCUUCCAACGACAUGCCUCCCCCUCGCACUCGCUCUCUCCCUCUUCUCGCCUCCCCUGCUGCUGCUGCCACCCACUCUACCCCUCCUCCCGCAUGGCCUUCCAGAACCCUCCAUCCCCCCACUCCCUCCUCCCCUCAGCCUCCCUACACACAGCCCUUGCCGCCACGCUCGUCUUUUCCCUCCCUUUCCCGUGAAUUCUCUCCUCCGUCUCCCGCCCGUGCCAUUACUCCUUGCAAUGGUGCUGCUAAGACAGCCAAGGGCUCUCAACCUGGACAGAAGAAGGCAGCUGGCCUCCCUUCUCCAGCAGGAGUAGCAGCGGCAGGAGCAGGAAUUGGAGGUGGAGAGAAAGCAGCAGCAGAAGCUGCUAUGCCAGCAGCAGCAUCAGGGAGGGCAGAGAGAGCAGGUGCAGGAGGGGCAGGUGGAGAGACGCGUUUGUCAGAGAAGAGAGGGAAGGAGCAAGGGGCGAGAGGCAGUGUGGGUGCAGGUGACAGAAAGCGGAAGGCCAAGGAGAAAGGCAAGCCCGGCAGAACCGGGCGGGUGGCAGAGGCAGAAAAGAAGAAAAGGUGGAGUGGGGAAGGUGGUGUUGGUGCGGCAGUGGAUCAUGCUGUUGGUGCUGGUGCUACUGCUCGCACUGCAGGCACUGACCAGGAGCGAGUGGCAGGUGCAGUCACGACAGGAACUAUUGCUGGUCUUGCUGACGGUGGUGGUAGUGGUGGUGGUGGCGGUGCUGCUGCAGAUGCUGCUACUGGUGUUAACGGCAGCAGCAGAGGUAGGGAGAGGAGCAGUCAGGGUGGCGAGCAGAAUAAAGGAAAGAAUCCAAGCGGUGUGCGUGCACCCAGUAGCACCAACCAUCAUCCCAACAGUAUACCUGCACCCACACCUGCUGCCACCACCUCUUAUGAUGUGGAUGACAUGGAAAACUUCUCCCCACGCCUGCGUCUCAUCCACAUACGAGCAGCCCUGUUGCAGCAGCAAUGCUCCUCCACUCUUGCUCAAGAGCUCUCUUCCUCCUCCUCUUCCUCGCUCCUCUCCUCUCCCACCCUCCCCGCGUGCUCCCCGUCCUGCCCUUACCGACCCUCCGGCCGAGCCUAUGCAGCCAUGCGCAAUGCCCGAACCUCGCUGGCAGGUUCGGGUUGGGAUUGCAGAGGAGGAGGAGGGGGAGGGGGCACUGGUUUUGGAACCUUGCUUGUGAAUAUGCUGCGACUGUUCCUUGACGUGCUGGGAACCGGGGACGGGUGCGAGGGAGAGAAGCACAAGGGAAAAAGGGGACGCAGGGGAGACGAGGGAGAAGAUGAUUUCCUUGGUGAUUUCAGUGGUCAUCUCGCUGCUUGCAAGGGGUUCGGUGGUGGUGGUAGUGGUGCUGGUGAUGGUGAUAGUGUUGGUAAGCUUGGUGAGUUUGGUGAGUUUGGUGAGCAGCAGGCACGGGCUGGUCAAGACAAGCGGCUCGAUUCUACACAGGCUGGAUGGCAAGCAGGCAGUGAGUGCGGCGCUAUCAGUGCCUUGGCGAAGCUGGUCGUGGGCGGCAUUUCUCGUCUGGUUGUGCGGCAGAGAGCACCGCGCGUGGAUGCGCAGAGGAGGCUGGAGAUGAGUGACGUGGCACGGCAGCUGCAGGAGGACCUUGGGACUUGGAAGUGGCUUCGGCGUGGGUGUUGGGAGGUGCGGAAGGGCAGUGGGGGCAGCAGGGGCAGGCGGGGCAGCGGGGGCAACGGGGGCAGUGGGAGUAGUAGGAGCAGAGCAACAGAAAAGGGUACGCAGAUCAACUCCCUGUUGCGCCUUCUGCAUGACCUCGCCUUUAGCCUUGCAUGCCCGCCCCCACUCACACCUCUCGCAACCCUCGCUUCCCGCACAGCUCAUCAUGCCUCCCCUGGCUGGGCGAUGGGCAUGAGCAUGGGCAUGGGAAGGGAUGGCUGGGGUGAUAAGGGGCUAGGGGGAAUGGAGGAGUAUGGGAGGGAGGGUUUUGUGGACGAGUUAAUGGAGGAGGGCCCGAGUGUGAGUGAGAGGAGGGAGGCUGUAGAGCUGUCGCACCAUUUGUUGGUGCUAGCAUACCAUGAGCUUGCUCAUCUUGAUUCUCUCAUUUGA